AUGGUCAGUCAUACAGGAGAGUUCAAAAGGAUGAGAGAAAGGUUUGUCCUUGUGGCUCUACUGAAGAGCGUUGUGGAGGAGGAGAAAUUUGAGCUGAAUGUAUUUUUGAUCUACAGUGCAGUGAGAAGAGGAGAAGAAGCAGAAGCUACGGUUGGAUCUCUCCUGCACUGCUCCAGACAGCUCCCGACCUCCGAGACAGCCUGUGGAAGAAUUAGAGACGGCCCACGCAUAAAGCGAUGUGUACGAGACACUGAGUGUGAGUUCCGUGCCACCCCCCAAAGGACAUCCGUAGCUCAGUACAUCACUGGCUCUCUUCUGGAGGCUACCACCUCUUUAGGAGCAAGAAGCGGCCUUCUCAGUACCUUCGGAGGAUCCACUGGACGAGUAAUGCUGAAAGAACGCCAACCGGGCAUCUCUAUGGCCAAUUCCAAUACUGUUCCUUCAAGUUCAGCUGGCAUCAGCAAGGAGCUCCUUGAUCUCCAGCCCCUUAUUCAGUUUCCGGAGGAAGUGGCGAGCAUCCUGACAGAACAGGAGCAGAACAUUUACCGAAGGGUCCUGCCCAUAGACUACCUUUGUUUCUUAACCCGGGACUUGAGCUCCCCUGAAUGCCAGAGCUCCCUGCCCCGUCUCAAAGCGUCCAUCUCAGCAUCCAUCCUCACCUCUCAGAAUGGCGAGCACAAUGCCCUUGAAGACCUCGUGAUGAGAUUUAAUGAGGUGAGUUCCUGGGUGACAUGGCUGAUCCUCACAGCAGGCUCCAUGGAGGAGAAGCGGGAAGUCUUCUCACAUCUGGUGCAUGUGGCCAAAUGCUGCUGGAACAUGGGCAACUACAACGCUGUUAUGGAGUUCCUGGCUGGCCUCAGGUCAAGGAAAGUUCUAAAGAUGUGGCAGUUCAUGGAUCAGUCUGACAUUGAGACCAUGAGGAGCCUGAAGGAUGCCAUGGCUCAGCAUGAGUCUUCCCUGGAGUACAAGAAGAUGGUGACCCGUGCUCUGCACAUCCCCGGCUGUAAGGUGGUUCCCUUCUGUGGGGUGUUCCUGAAGGAGCUCUGUGAAGUGCUUGAUGGCGCCUCCAGCCUCCUGAAGCUCUGCCCACGGUACAGCUCCCAAGAAGAAGCUCUGGAGUUUGUAGCUGAUUACAGUGGCCAAGACAACUUCUUACAACGAGUGGGGCAGAAUGGCUUGAAGAAUUCAGAGAAGGAGUCCACGGUCAACAGCAUCUUUCAGAUCAUCCGGAGCUGCAGUCGAAGCCUGGAGAUGGAGGAGGAGGACAGCUCCAGCGAAGGGACUGGCUCCAGGAAGAACUCCUUGAAGGACAGAACCCGAUGGCAGUUUAUAAUUGGAGAUUUGCUGGAUUCUGAAAAUGAUAUCUUUGAGAAGUCCAAAGAAUGCGACCCUCAUGGGUCAGAUGAGUCCCAGAAGGCUUUCGACCAUGGGACAGAGCUCAUCCCGUGGUACGUGCUGUCCAUCCAAGCUGAUGUGCACCAGUUCCUAUUGCAGGGGGCCACUGUCAUCCACUAUGACCAGGACACACAUCUCUCUGCCCGCUGCUUUCUCCAGUUACAGCCUGACAAUAGUACCUUAACCUGGAUGAAGCCUCCCACCGCCUCCCCGGCCGGUGCCAGACCCAAGCUUGGUAUGCUUAGCAAUAUGUCUGAGCCUGGCAAGUUCCCAUCACUAGGCAAUGCUGGGCUGAGUGGCCUGACCGAGGGAAUCCUGGAUCUGUUUUCGGUGAAGGCGGUGUACAUGGGACACCCAGGCAUUGAUAUACACACUGUGUGUGUUCAGAACAAACUGAGCAGCCUGCUUCUCUCCGAGGCUGGAGUGACCCUGCUCUAUGGGCUCCAGACCACCGACAAUAGACUUUUGCACUUUGUGGCACCGAAGCACACAGCUAAGAUGCUUUUUAGUGGACUGCUGGAGCUCACGCUAGCUGUGAGAAAGAUCAGGCGGUUCCCUGACCAAAGACAGCAGUGGCUUCGGAAACAGUAUGUCAGCCUCUAUCAGGAGGAUGGUCGGUAUGAAGGCCCAACCUUGGCUCAUGCUGUGGAGUUGUUUGGUGGCAGACGAUGGAACGCUAGAAACCCCAGCCCUGGGAUGUCAGCAAAGAAUGCUGAGAAGCCCAGUAUGCAGAGAAACAACACCUUGGGCAUAAGCACCACCAAGAAAAAGAAGAAGAUGCUCAUGAGGGGAGAGAGUGGAGAGGCAACCGACGACGAGAUGGUGACCCGCAAGGCCAAGAUGUACAGGGAGUGUCGAAGCCGGAGCGGUUCUGACCCCCAGGACGUGAACGAGCAAGAAGAGUUGGAAGCCAAUGUCAUCACUAACCCUCCCAACCCCCUCCAUUCCAGAAGAGCUCACUCUUUGACCACGGCUGGGUCCCCCAACUUGGCUACCGGGAUGUCAUCUCCCAUCAGUGCCUGGAGCAGCAGCAGCUGGCAUGGACGGAUCAAAGGCGGGAUGAAGGGUUUCCAGAGCUUUAUGGUUUCAGACAGUAACAUGAGCUUCAUUGAAUUCGUCGAGCUAUUCAAAUCAUUCAGCGUAAGGAGCCGCAAGGACCUGAAGGAUAUUUUUGACAUCUACUCUGUGCCCUGCAAUCGGUCUGCCUCUGAGUCAGCCCCCCUGUACACGAACCUGACCAUUGAAGAAAACACCAGUGACCUUCAGCCUGACCUAGAUUUGCUGACCAGAAACGUCUCAGACCUGGGGCUGUUCAUUAAGAGUAAACAGCAGCUUUCGGACAACCAGAGGCAGAUAUCCGAUGCCAUUGCAGCUGCCAGCAUUGUGACCAACGGCACUGGGAUUGAGAGCACAUCCCUGGGCAUAUUCGGGGUUGGCAUACUCCAGCUCAAUGACUUCCUGGUGAAUUGCCAAGGAGAACACUGCACGUACGACGAAAUUCUCAGCAUCAUCCAGAAAUUCGAGCCUAGCAUCAGCAUGUGUCAUCAGGGCCUAAUGUCGUUUGAAGGGUUUGCAAGGUUUCUGAUGGAUAAAGACAAUUUCGCUUCGAGAAAUGACGAGUCACGGGAGAGCAAGAAAGAGCUGCAGCUACCCCUCUCGUACUAUUACAUUGAAUCUUCACACAACACCUACCUCACAGGCCACCAGCUCAAGGGGGAGUCCUCUGUGGAGCUCUACAGCCAGGUCCUCUUGCAAGGAUGCAGGAGCAUAGAGCUGGACUGCUGGGAUGGAGAUGACGGCAUGCCCAUUAUUUAUCAUGGACAUACACUGACGACCAAGAUCCCCUUCAAGGAAGUGGUGGAAGCCAUCGAUCGCAGUGCCUUCAUCACCUCUGACCUCCCAAUUAUCAUAUCCAUUGAGAACCACUGCUCACUGCCUCAACAACGAAAGAUGGCAGAAAUCUUCAAGAGUGUGUUUGGAGAAAAGCUGGUGGCUAAAUUCCUAUUCGAGACGGAUUUCUCAGAUGACCCAAUGCUUCCCUCACCUGACCAACUUAGGAGGAAAGUGCUUCUUAAAAACAAGAAGCUAAAGGCCCAUCAGACGCCAGUUGACAUCCUAAAACAAAAGGCUCAUCAGUUAGCAUCCAUGCAAGCACAGGCUUUCACUGGUGGGAACACCAACCCCCCACCUGCCAGUAAUGAGGAAGAGGAAGAUGAAGAGGAUGAAUACGAUUAUGAUUAUGAAUCCCUUUCCGAUGCAGAUCUCCUUACUGCUUCCCCUGUUCCUAACAGUCAGGAAGACAAUAUUCUGGAAGACAAACCUGAAAACAAAGCGUGUGCUGACAAGCUUCAGUUUGAGUACAAUGAAGAAAUCCCCAAGAGGAUAAAGAAAGCGGAUAACUCUUCUUGCAGUAAGGGAAAGGUGUAUGACAUGGAACUGGGAGAGGAGUUUUACCUCCCUCAGAACAAAAAGGAAAGCAGGCAGAUUGCACCGGAGCUCUCUGACCUCAUCAUCUACUGCCAGGCAGUAAAAUUUCCCGGCCUGUCAACUCUAAAUUCAUCUGGCUCUAGCAGAGGGAAAGAAAGAAAAAGCAGGAAGUCCAUUUUUGGCAACAAUCCUGGCAGAAUGAGCCCAGGGGAGACAGCAUCAUUUACCAGAACAUGUGGAAAAAGUUCCUUUGAAGGAAUUCGACAAACCUGGGAGGAAUCUUCUCCACUCAGCCCAAGCACGUCCCUCAGCGCUAUCAUUAGAACUCCCAAAUGCUAUCAUAUCUCAUCACUGAAUGAAAAUGCCGCCAAACGUCUGUGUCGCAGGUAUUCUCAGAAACUGAUCCAGCACACAGCUUGCCAGCUGCUGAGGACCUACCCCGCGGCGACCCGAAUCGACUCAUCCAAUCCCAACCCCAUCAUGUUUUGGCUCCACGGCAUACAGCUUGUAGCCCUCAACUACCAGACGGAUGAUCUUCCUUUACAUUUAAAUGCUGCAAUGUUUGAGGCAAAUGGUGGCUGCGGUUACGUUUUGAAGCCCCCGGUCCUGUGGGAUAAAAGUUGCCCCAUGUACCAGAAGUUUUCUCCCCUGGAAAGAGACCUGGACAACAUGGACCCAGCUAUCUAUUCUUUAACUAUCAUCUCUGGCCAAAACGUGUGCCCCAGUAACAGCACCGGAAGUUCGUGCAUCGAGGUUGACGUCUUGGGCAUGCCGCUGGACAGCUGCCAUUUCCGCACGAAGCCCAUCCACCGAAACACUCUUAACCCCAUGUGGAACGAACAGUUUCUCUUCCGGGUUCACUUUGAAGACCUUGUGUUUCUUCGUUUUGCAGUUGUGGAAAACAACAGUUCGGCAAUAACAGCUCAGAGAAUCAUUCCACUCAAAGCUUUAAAACGAGGUUAUCGACAUCUUCAGCUGCGGAACCUCCACAACGAAAUAUUGGAAAUCUCCAGCCUAUUCAUCAACAGCAGAAGGAUGGAAGAAAAUACCUCUGGCAGUAGCAUGCCAGCCUCUUUGAUGUUUAAUUCUGAAGAGAGGAAAUGUUCUCAGACUCACAGAGUCACCGUGCAUGGUGUCCCAGGUCCAGAGCCCUUUGCUGUUUUCACUAUAAAUGGAGGCACCAAGGCAAAGCAGCUUCUCCAACAGAUUCUGGUGACAGACCAAGACAACAAACUCACCGCCACAGACUGUUUUCUGAUGGAAGAGAAGCAUUUUAUAUCUAAGGAGAAGAGUGAGUGCAAGAAACAGCCAUUCCAGAGAGCUGUGGGUCCAGAAGAAGAUAUCGUGCAGAUUUUAAACAGCUGGUUCCCAGAAGAAGGCUACGUAGGCAGGAUCGUCUUAAAGUCCCAGCAGGAAACCCUAGAAGAGAAAAGCAUUGUCCAAGAUGACAAAGAGGUGACGGUCUUGAGCUCGGAGGAAGAGAGUUUCUUUGUCCACGUUCAUGAUGUCUCUCCAGAGCAACCCCGAACUGUCAUCAAAGCCCCCCGAGUCAGCACUGCACAGGAUGUCAUUCAGCAGACGUUAUGCAAAGCCAAAUAUUCCUACAGCAUCCUGAACAACCCCAACCCAGGCGACUAUGUGCUUUUGGAAGAGGUGAUGAAAGAUGUACCCAAUAAGAAGUCUUCUGCUCCAAAGCCCUCGCAGAGGAUCCUUUUGGACCAAGAGUGUGUGUUUCAAGCCCAAAGCAAGUGGAAAGGUGCAGGGAAAUUCAUCCUAAAGCUAAAGGAGCAGGUUCAGGCAUCCCGAGAAGAUAAAAGGAGGGGCAUCUCCUUUGCAAGUGAACUCAAGAAACUCACUAAGUCCACUAAGCAGCCCCGAGGACUCACCUCGCCUCCUCAGCUUGUGGCCUCAGAAAGUGUCCAGGUCAAGGAGGAGAGACCUGUGAGUGCCUUGUCCCCCAGUGACGCAGCGGGUCACCAGCAGUGACGGAGGGCAGCGUGUUUGACUCAGGUAUAUUAAGGUGAAGAUCCUUGGUGAGAAGCGCUGAAGAAUGAACAUGGCGGAGAAAACAUACUUUACUUCCAUCACAUGGAAACUGCAAAGUGAUGGUUUCUCAACUCCUGCCCUCUUCACACCUAAUGUGAGGAACAUGCGGAGGACAAGCAGAGAGGCACAGGGCUGCCAGCUGACUUCCUGAGGAAUGAAGCAAGGACACGCAGGGCAUUGCGCAGAUGUUACAGGUGGAAAAGCCAGGCCCAAGCUUAAGGCAACCAGCGUCAUCUGUAAAGGGACAGGCGGUACACAUUUUAGGGUCGGGGCCAUACGGCUUCGGCUGGCUUUGACUCAGUUCUGUCACAGGAGUGCAAAGGCAGCUGCUGACAACAGGUACAAGAAUGAACAUGACUGAAAAUAAAAUUUUAUUUAUGGA